CAUGCCCAAUAUUUCACUCUCUUUUUCCAGUUCAGUCCACCAAGUGAGUACGGUCACAAGACCAAGCUGAUAUUACAAUAAUGCGAUUCCGUCAGAUUUUUCAUUUCUUCCUUCUUGGAAUGUUUGUUGGCUUGUCACUGAGUGGGCUCAUUUACUGGGGAUUCACCUCCAUUUGGUAUGGAAAUCAUCUAACAGGUAACCUGGGUCGGACAGAUGUUGCUUCUGUGACACCAUGGUUAGCCCCGAUUGUAUGGGAGGGAACCUUUGACUCCACAGUGAUUGACUCGAUCUACAAACAACAAAACAUCACCAUAGCGACCACUGUCUUCGCUUUGGGAAAGUAACAAAGUUACAUACUUCUCAGACUCUCAAAAUACAUACUUUUCUCUCUGUAUUAUUUUUCUCUUUUUAUUUUUAUUAACUUUUAUGUUAAUAUAGUGUUCUUGGAAGAUUUUGUAAAGUCCUUAGAUUUUGUCAAUGUAUAACUAGCAACAAAAUUACUAAGGCAAGGUGUUUACUGUACAUGCAAGCUACUUUACUAAUAAAAUGGUCUUUUGUUUAUAUUUUGUGUAUACC